CCAAGUUAAAAGGUAAAAAUCUUGUUGUCAAGACUGAUUGUGGAUCAUAUAAGUUAAGUGCAAAAAAAAAAAAAAAAUCACUUAUACUCUUGGGUAGUAGACUUGAAGAAAGAGACGCCAGGGAAAAGAAAACAGGACACAGUUGUAAGAAACCCGUGCCUGGAUUGGGAAUUAGCCUGUGUGUGUGCUGCAAUGGCUCUGGGUGUAGUCACUGGGGUUGCUAAAGUAUAAAAAGAAAGGUUACACUAGGAUUUGCUGAAACGUGAAGAGGAUGCUGUUCAUGUAGCUCAGAACGAAGAGUGCUGUGUUUGAGGAGAUACUAGCAGUCACGCAAACAUGCCUGGACACUUGACUUUGAUAUUAACUAUGGGUCAUGUGCAUCCAUGGAGCAGCUGGGCACAUGAGAGUGGGGUGUACGAAAAGCACCCAUUUAAUCCCCUGCGUGGAAGUCUCUGAAUUCCCUAGAACACAGGGACUACUCAUUGCUAGCACUCCUAGCAGUGUAAGAAAAAAUCUCAAAGGGGAUGGGGAGAACGCAGGGGUCCCCAACCCCUUGCAUUGGCCCACAUAGCUGGCCAGAAAUGCAGCGUGGAGUAUAUCAUAACUCUUGAAGGAGUGUAGUGGCAGAUUAACUCUGAGAAGCAAACCCAAUGAGAAGAAACUUCAGCCUCAGUUAUCGCAGUUGGCCAGGCCAUGGCUUGCUGGAAGGAAAUACGAAGCAGCAGCUGGAUUUAUCCUACCCUGGUCCUCUGCAUUUAUGGAUUUUUCUCCAUGAUGAGGCCAUCAGAACCUUUCCUCACCCCUUAUCUAACAGGACCAGAUAAAAACCUGACCAUUGAUGAGGUUACAAACCAGGUUUUCCCAGUUUGGACAUACUCGUAUCUGGUCUUACUGUUUCCUGUUUUCUUGAUUACGGACUAUCUACGCUAUAAGCCCAUCAUUAUUCUACAAGGCCUUAGCUUCAUUAUUACAUGGCUGAUGCUUUUAUUUUUCCAAGGAGUGCUAGCCAUGCAGUGGAUGGAGUUUUUUUAUGGGAUGGUAACGGCCACUGAAGUUGCCUAUUACGCCUACAUUUACAGCGUUGUCAGUGCUGACCAUUAUCAGAAAGUGACUAGUUAUUGCAGAAGCAUCACACUUGUUGCAACCACAGUUGCAGCGGUGUUGGGGCAACUUUUAGUAUCUUUGGCAGAGCUAUCCUAUUUUUAUCUAAAUGCCAUUAGUUUGGCUUCUCUGUCCUUGGCCUUCCUAGCCUCAUUUUUUCUACCAAUGCCAAAAAAAAGUAUGUUCUUUCACAAAAAUCGUAUCCCUGAAACUCCGCAAGGAACAAUGGGGCAAGACACAAUGUCAAAUGCACCCAGCAUGAACGAGCAGCCAAGUUGCCAAGAGGACAAAGAUGCCGCGAAAUCAUCUGUCAUUACCAGGACGUUGCCCGAAUGCCAGUCUGACAAGCACCAGUGUCACAUGCUUGUGCAGUUAUGCAAGGAUUUAAAGGAAUGCUAUUGCACAAAGAAACUUCUUUACUGGUCCUUAUGGUGGGCUUUAGCCACUGCAGGCUAUAACCAGAUUGUGAAUUACGUCCAGGUGUUAUGGGACGACCGAGCACCCUCUCAGAAUUACGACGUUUAUAAUGGGGCUGUUGAGGCAGCAGCAACAUUUCUGAGUUCAGUAACCGCCAUGGCAGUAGGAUAUGUGAAAAUUAACUGGGAUCUUUCAGGAGAGCUAGCACUGGGAAUCUUCUCUGCACUGGAUGCUGGUUCUCUAUUUCUCAUGCAUUUUACUGCCAACAUCUGGGCAUGCUAUGCUAGCUAUCUAGUUUUCAAGUCAUGUUAUAUGCUUCUCAUAACAAUAGCAACGUUUCAGAUCGCUGUCAAUCUAACCAUGGAACGCUACGCUUUAAUGUUUGGAUUCAACAACUUUGUUGCACUGGUGAUUCAGACUAUUAUAACUGUAGUCGUAGUUGAUUCAAGAGGUCUGGGAUUGAAGAUAGUCACCCAGUUCCUAAUUUAUGGCAGUUACUUUGCAGUCAUAGCUGGGAUUUUCUUGAUCAGAAGCAUUUACACAAUUGUCUCAAUCCAAUGCAAAAAGGAAACACAGAACUUCUCCAACGGAUCUCAGAACAUUAAGGAACAAGAAUCAGAAACCAGAUUAUAACCAGCUAUGCAAACAUCUGUAACUUUAAUGACUUAUCAAAAAUGCCUCUGCUUGCAAAACUCUCACUGAAGUCAAUGAGAGAUUGCAGUAAGGGGAGCAGCACUUAGUCCUUCAUGUACGCCCCUGCUAAAUCACAACAAACUUACUCCAACCGAAAGAAUUGCCUGAUAUGAUUGAACACCAGAUCUUCAGCUGGUGUAAAUCAAUAUUGUGCCGCUGAUCUGAACUGAUCUAAACUAACUUAUACCCUUCUGAGGAACUGGCCCAUCAUACUGACAUUUUGCCAAAAAAGGAAAGAAUCUGGUUUGAUUGGAUUCUGAUUUAUUUACACAACAGCAUAACAAUCUCAAUCUAUUGUUAUGCCAAAAAUAUCACUGUUCUUUUUCCCUCUCUUACUCAGGCUUUUGAAAGAGUUGUAAAUGGGCUGCUUUCCAUUCAGCAAUUCAGCUUUGCUACUCCAAGUGGGAUGAGGGUUUUGCUCAUACCUUCAUUCAGGGUAGAUACCUGCCUCCUACCUAGGUAUACCCCAUCCUAUGAUGGUAGAAGAAUUACUGACUCUACACCCCUAUAACAUUCCUUCUUAGUUUUGUAUCUGUAAGGCUGUUUCCUCCCCUCCACCUUUAAGAUCACUCUUGAAAACUGGGCCUUUCACUCAUGAUGGUUGGAGAAGCCAGGUUCCCCAGAACAACUAUGGUGGUUAAAUGUAAAAA